AUGGUGAACGUUCCUAAGACAAAGAAGACCUACUGCAAGAGCAAGGAGUGCAAGAAGCACACUCUCCAUAAGGUCACCCAGUACAAGAAGGGUAAGGACAGUCUUGCUGCUCAGGGAAAGCGUCGUUAUGACAGGAAGCAAUCCGGUUAUGGUGGUCAGACCAAGCCCGUUUUCCACAAGAAGGCAAAAACAACAAAGAAGAUUGUCCUGAGGCUCCAGUGCCAAGGCUGCAAGCAUGUCUCUCAACACCCAAUCAAGAGGUGCAAGCACUUUGAAAUCGGUGGAGACAAGAAGGGCAAGGGAACAUCUCUGUUCUAG